CAUAAAUGUCUUUGGGCUUUGCUUGCCGAGGAACUCCUUGCCCUGCCUCUGUCUCGCACGCCCCAAACCCUCUGGUUUCUAUCUCAUCUCUCUACUUCUCCCUGUUCUCUCCAGCUUGGGUUAGGUUAGAGGAAGAGGAGGGUUAACCUCCCCUCCCUCACCCCUCCCCAUGCCUCCCGGGGCCCGGCGAGCAAGAGCAGAGCCUCCCUGGGUCCUGCCUUCUCCCAGAGUCCCACAGCAGGUCCCAGCUUUGCUUCCAGGCUCUUGAAGUGCCCUCUUCCUCCUGUCUGCUCCCCUCACCAGAUUGCUGUUUCCUUUCCUGGGCUGUUGGGAGUCUGGUGAGGGAGAAUCUGUGCCCUGUGAGCCUCAAGACAUGUUCAGUGCUUGGGAUCGCCGGGAGCGGCCCCCAGAGGAAGGAGCAGCCGCAGGGCUCCAGGGCUUCGGUGUGGACAAGACCUUCCUGUCUUCCCUCAAAGGCAUCCUGCUGGAAACGGAGCUGGCCCUGACCUUCAUCAUCUUCAUUUGCUUCACGGCCUCCAUCUCCGCCUACAUGGCUGCCGCGCUGCUCGAGUUCUUCAUCACGCUGGCCUUCCUCUUCCUCUACGCCACCGGGUACCACCAGCGUUUCGAUAGGCUGAACUGGCCGUGUCUGGACUUCCUCCGCUGUGUCAGCGCCAUCGUCAUCUUCCUGGUGGUCUCCUUUGCCGCUGUGACCUCGAGGGAGGGAGCUGGCAUUGCUGCUUUUGUUUUUGGCAUCAUCUUGGUCUCUGUCUUUGCCUAUGACGCAUUCAAGAUCUACCGAACUGAGUUGAUGACCAGGACCACUGAGGGGGACCAACAGUGAUUCCGGGUUACCUGGCUCCCACAGCCAGACACAGGAAGCACAGAGCCCAGAUUUGUCAUCUUUGGAUUCUCUGAACUGCCCAAGUGCCAUCAUCUAUCUAUUUCACAUCUAUAGAGGCGUGUGCUUGAGAAGUCCCAGGGGACCCGUGAGAGAUGGUGAAGUUAUGGGGGUCGGGGUAGGUCGCUGUGCCUCCAAGUCAUUCCCACAUUAAAAAAAUUCAAAUCCUA